AUGAAACAACUUCCUCCUCAAUUCGUUUCCAUCUUGGCCAUCUAUUGCUUCUGCAUGCUACAGAUUCCCUCCUCAGGAUUUCCUCGACCUCUAGCUGAUCCUCCAGAUGACUUGGAUAUCAUGCAGCUUGAGUGGCUGGCAUAUGGGGCAACUCUUUCUUGGCAAACUAAGCACUACUCCAGAACUCAGGAGCCAACACAUCCAGUUAAAAGUGGGUUUCCGCCGGUGCGCCCGUUAAUGCGCCUGGCCACGCAGCUCGCCAACCGAAAGAUGAAAAGAUUUCAGCAGCAGCGCGAUUCGAGGACUGAUGCAGGAGAUUUCACCAAGAAGGAUCACACUGCCACCUUGGGACGACCAUUUUUCCUUUUCAGGAAGACCUAUAACAAAAGAGAUGCUGUGGUGGGCUCAGCAGAUGAAUGGCAGUUCCCUUCUUCCCCAGGGAUGAAGACCUAUUCUGGCAACCAGGAAAUUUCAGAUCUCAUCCUCUUUGGGUCUGUGUUGCAGAAGAUCCAUACUGGGGACAAACUUGGGAGUGGCAGCAGCCUGGCAUGGGACCACCUUCCAGCACCCACUCCCCACUAUCAGUACGUACAGCUCCUACUCUGUAAGGAGGACCCAGGUGGAGCAAUCAGUCAAGAGUGA